AUAUAUAGAUAGGUAUACACACGGUGAAGCCUUGUUCCACCAACGCCCUUCCAACACCACACAGACACACCCCUGACGACCAACCGUUGAGGAAAAGAAAGCGAGGGAAAAUUCUGACUUGUUCCCCCAGUCGACUCGGUCCUUGACUCACUCCAUAACUUUCAUAGAUCGACUGUGAUCUGAGGUAAAUUCUAAUUCAUAUAGUCAGAUCUGAAGUGGAUUGGUGUUUUGGAGGCAAUUUUGUUGUUUGGAGCUUUGGCACAGGUCCUUUGAUUUGUCUUUCAAUGCUUUUUUGCAUACAUCGAGAGCCAUUUUGCAAUGUCGUUGUGAUUUGGUUGUAAUUUGGCUUUAAUUAUCUUUAGAUUUGUUUCUUUUCAUCUUCAAGCUCGGUUUUUAGUGUUUGGAUAACAUAUUUAAUGGCUUCUGUGGAUUUUCAGAAGAUAAAAAUGCAACCAUUAUGUUUAAUUGAGGGAUAAAAUGUCUGAAUUUAAUCAUGUUUCUGUGUUUGUUUAGAUCUGGUAUAAGUUUGCCUAUAUUCGCGAUAGGGUUGAUUUAAUCGGUAGUUUUUGCUUAUUAAUUCUCUUUUCUGCCUGUAUUUAUGUGAAUUACUUUCUUUAUUGCUUGAUCUGGCUCUACUGGUGUUUUGGAGGUGAAUUCAAUGUCAAAUGAGACAAACUUUAUAGAAGUCCCGCCCUUUGACCUGUUAAGACCUCCUUUGACAUCUUUUGCUCAACCUAGUUGUCAAAAGUUGUGGUUGAUUGGCAGUCCUUUGGAUCAUGUUUCACAAAAUAUACAUAUUUGAUAUUUGCUGUACAAAAUUCAUGUCGCUUAUAAGUUUUGUUAAGUUGAAUUUCAUGGAAAUGUGCCAAAUUUUAUUUUUGGAAAUACGAUUUCUUUUUUGGAAAAUACAAUCAAAAGUUUUUCGUUGGCUAUUAUUGCUUCAUAACUGCCCGAAGUCUGAGAAUUACUUCUGCCUGAUUCUUCUGGGUAUUUAUUAGGGUCAGCAGGAAAAAUUACCGGUAUUGAUCAGGGUCAUCAGGAAAAAUAAUCCCCUGAUCCUCUUGUGCUCGCUAUCUAUUCUGAGCUUCAACUGUUCUUUUCUUCGCUAUCAAAUUCUCGGAUAAACACAACCAUCUCAGGAUGAAGGCACUUAUUCUCGUUGGAGGGUUUGGGACACGAUUGAGGCCUCUGACUCUUAGUGUCCCAAAGCCACUUGUUGAUUUCGCUAACAAACCUAUGAUCCUUCAUCAGAUUGAAGCUCUCAAGGCCAUUGGAGUGAGUGAAGUGGUUCUUGCUAUAAAUUACCAACCGGAGAUUAUGCUGAAUUUCUUGAAGGACUUUGAGACGAAGCUUGGGAUCAAGAUCACUUGCUCACAGGAGACUGAACCACUUGGCACUGCUGGUCCCCUGGCUCUGGCUAGAGACAAACUGAUAGAUGAAUCUGGUGAGCCAUUCUUUGUCCUUAACAGUGAUGUCAUCAGUGAAUACCCCCUGAAAGAGAUGAUUGAAUUCCACAAAUCCCAUGGAGGGGAGGCUUCCAUAAUGGUAACCAAGGUAGAUGAGCCUUCAAAAUAUGGUGUCGUCGUUAUGGAAGAAUCAACAGGACAAGUAGAGAGAUUUGUUGAAAAACCAAAAUUGUUUGUGGGUAACAAGAUCAAUGCUGGGAUUUACCUUCUGAACCCAUCUGUUCUUGAUCGAAUUGAGCUAAGGCCUACCUCAAUCGAGAAAGAGGUCUUCCCAAAAAUUGCAGCAGCAAAAAAACUGUAUGGGAUGGUCCUACCUGGUUUUUGGAUGGACAUUGGGCAGCCAAGAGAUUACAUCUCUGGCUUGAGACUAUACCUAGACUCCUUGAGAAAGAAAUUUUCUUCCAAAUUAGCUUCUGGACCUCAUAUUGUAGGAAAUGUUCUGGUGGAUGAGAGUGCUAAAAUUGGUGACGGAUGCUUGAUUGGGCCUGACGUUGCUAUCGGCCCUGGUUGUGUGGUUGAGUCAGGGGUUAGACUCUCUCGCUGCACGGUAAUGCGUGGAGUCCGCAUCAAAAAACAUGCAUGCAUCUCAAGUAGUAUCAUCGGCUGGCACUCCACCGUUGGGCAGUGGGCUCGUGUAGAAAACAUGACUAUCCUUGGAGAGGAUGUUCACGUUUGUGAUGAAAUUUACAGCAACGGGGGUGUGGUUCUGCCGCACAAAGAGAUCAAAUCUAACAUUUUGAAGCCAGAAAUUGUGAUGUGAAGGUAUGUUGUUGGAUCUGUUUUAGGGGUUAGUAAGUUAUAUUGUGUUUGAUAUUUGAGAAUGUGUUCAUUAUUUUUCCUUUGCUUUUUAAUUUCCUCCUUUUCAAGUGUAAAAGUCAGUCUCAAGGAGUCUCGAGUGAUUUAAGCUUUGAUGGUGAAAGGUCAACGUCUGUUGUGAAGGGUAUAAAUAUGAUCACUGGUUUGUAACAUGUAAUCUUUAUAUUGUAUAUAGAAAUAAAUUAUCAGACACUCUCUCUGGUUUUUCGUUAAUGGCCAAGUUGGAGCAUAGAUUUUUGUGUAUUACCUGAUUGGCAUUUU